UAGGUGGGGCCGGACGCGCCCCCAUUUUUUCCCUCGAGCCCCGCCUUCUGGUUGAACGAGCCCCCUUGUUUUUCGCGCGAGCUCUUGUGUUGUGUGCGCGAGCCCUGCCCCUGUUUCCAGGCAGAUAAGACUCAACAUGGCGGAGACUGGUAACGAAGAACAGACGUUGUUGCCAGAUAUCGAAGAGGAGGCUGAGGGCAUGGAGCGAGAGAUGGAGUCGGAAGAGGAGGAAGAAGAAGGGAUGGGAGUUGAGCAUUCCGAGGAGGAAGAUGAAGAGAACACGUCCGAGGACGAGCGGGAGAAUGAAGCAGAGAUCCAGCGGCUGGAGGAGCAGCUGUCGAUCAACGCAUUUGAUUACAACUGCCAUGUGGACCUGAUCAAACUUCUGCGGCAGGAAGGGAAACUUCACAGACUGCGUAAGGCCAGGCAGAAGAUGAGUGAACUCUUUCCUCUCACUGAAGAGAUUUGGCUGGACUGGCUUAAGGAUGAAAUUCGCCUGACAGAAGACGAAUCGGAACGCGAGAAAGUCUACGAGCUGUUUGAGAGGGCCGUCAACGAUUAUGUGUGUCCAGAGAUCUGGUUGGAAUAUGUGCAGUUCUCGAUCGGGGGAAUGGGAGCUCAGGGAGGGAUUGAACGUGUUCGAUCCAUCUUUGAAAGGGCACUGACUGCAGUGGGUGUACAUGUGACUAAAGGAGCUUCAAUCUGGGAGGCCUACAGGGAGUUUGAGAUUGUUAUUCUCUCAACAGUACAGCCUCCUCCCGGCAGCGUUCCAUCACGGGAGCAGCAGGAGCUGUUGAAUGCCCAGCUCGACCGCAUACACACACUCUUCAGGCGGCAGCUCGCUGUACCUCUGAUGGAUAUGGAGGGAACGUAUGCGGAGUACUCUGACUGGGCUGAUGAUGGCGUACCUGAGACGGUCACACAACAGUACAGACGGGCCCUGAAACAGAUGGAGAAAUGCAAACCUUACGAGGAGGCUUUGCUGGUCUCUGAAACUCCAAAGCUGGCAGAGUAUCAAGCGUACAUAGAUUUUGAGAUGAAGGAAGGGGAUCCGGCCCGUGUCCAGAUUAUAUUUGAGCGAGCACUGGCGGAGAACUGCCUUGUGCCAGACCUCUGGAUCAAAUACAACACGUAUCUGGAUCGUCAGUUGAAAAUAAAAGAUCUAGUGUUAUCUGCUCAUGAGCGAGCCGUCAGGAACUGUCCCUGGACCAUGGGCCUGUGGAAGAGCUAUCUUUUGGCUUUAGAGCGGCAUGGGGCAGAUCAUCAGACCGUGACAGAUGUGUUUGAAAAGGCCCUAAAUGCAGGAUUCAUCCAGGCGACUGAUUAUGUAGAAAUCUGGCAAUCUUAUUUGGACUACUUGAGGAGACGUGUUGAUUUCAGCAAAGAGUGGAGCAGGGAGUUGGACGAGCUGCGGGCAGCUUUUGCACGCUCCCUUGAUUACCUGAAACAGGAUGUAGAAGAGAGGUUCAGUGAAAGUGGAGAUCUGUCCUGCACAAUAAUGCAGAUCUGGGCAAAGAUAGAGGCUUUACACUGUAAGAACAUGCAGAAGGCCCGUGAACUGUGGGACAGCAUAAUGACAAAAGGGAAUGCAAAAUAUGCCAACAUGUGGUUGGAAUAUUACAACCUGGAAAGGUCCUAUGGAGAUACUAUUCACUGCAGGAAGGCUCUUCACAGAGCUGUACAAUGUACAUCAGACUACCCUGAGCAUGUGUGUGAUGUCCUGCUCAACUUUGAAAGAGUGGAGGGCUCUCUGGAAGACUGGGAUGCUGCAGUCCAAAAAACAGGGACCAAACUCAACAGGGUCAAUGAGCAGAGAGCAAGAGUGGCUAUAAAAGAGUCUAACCUAGCCAGACAAGAGGAGGAGAAAGCUGAGCAAAGGAGGAAAGCCAAGGCAGAGAAAAAAGGCCAAAAGAAGAGCCAGAAAGCAAACAGAACCGGGGAUAAACGGAAAGCUGAAGAAGAUGGCGAGGAGGAAUGGGGAGAGGAAGCAGAGCUGCCAUCCAAGAGGCUCCGAGGGGAAGGGGACUUUGGCAGCACGGCCACAGAGGAACUCAUGGAGACGGAAAGCGGGCUUUUCGGCCGACGAGCUCCACCACCGCGUAAAACCGAGCCCCCUGGUUUCCGGAAGAACCAGCAGAGAGCGCCUGAAGCACAGCGAGAACCCCAGGACGUGUCAAAGGAGCAACGCAAAGAAGAAAACAGUGUGUUUGUCAGUAACUUGGCCUUUAAUCUGGAAGACCCCGAGGGCAAGCUGCGAACAUUGUUUAAGGGUUGUGGGACAGUAGAGCAGGUGCGGCUCGUGUAUACGCCAAAAGGUGUGUUUAGAGGCUAUUGCUACGUGCAGUUUGAGGACCGGCUUGCUGUACCUGAGGCACUGAAACUAGACAGACAUGAGUUGGAUGGACGGCCCAUGUAUGUGUCUCCUUGUGUGGACAAGAACAAGAAUCCUGAUUUCAAGGUUUUUAAGUACAACACGUCAUUGGAGAAGCACAAGAUCUUUAUCUCGGGCCUUCCGUACUCCUGCACUAAAGAGACACUGGAGGACCUCUUUAAAGAACACGGCACAAUCAAAGCCGUCCGGAUAGUCACCAACCGUUCAGGCAAACCCAAGGGUUUAGCAUAUGUGGAAUAUGAGAACGAGGCACAGGCUUCACAGGCUGUGCUGAAGAUGGACGGCACCAUGUUGGAGAACUUCACUCUCUCUGUUGCUAUUAGCAACCCCCCAAGAAGGAACAUGGAAGAGAAAGCAGCACCUAGUCGAAUCCUGGGGGCAACAAUGCAAAGGCAACCUCAGGGAGCAAGGGGAAAAGGACGCACUCAGGUCUCUCUGCUGCCACGCUCUCUGUACCGACAGAGUGCUCCAGAUGCCAAAGCGGAGAACGGGACCAUUUCUGUACCACAUGCCACAGUGACAGACGGGGUGCACGGAGGAUCUGGUACCACAAGCCUGGACGCUCAAACCAAGUCUCUGUCCAAUGAGGACUUUGCCAGGAUGCUGCUCAAAAAGUGAAAUUGUAUGCAGAUUACACAAGAGGAAUACCUGCCUUCUGACAGAAAGCCAUGCUGUGUCCUUACAAAGUCCAGUGGAGAAACAGCGUUUUAAUUUAGCCAACUUUCUGUAAAUACGUGACCACCUUAGAUAUAUAAUUAAACUAUUUUAACACCUAAUCAAUGGAGAUGUGAGCUUCUUGUUUUCUUUAAAUUCUUAGUAAUAAAGAAAGGGGUCAGAUUUCAGAUUUUGUCAGCAAGUAUUUUUUUAACAGGGUGUUAAAACGGAUGAGGUGAACCAUUGUUUUAAAAGGUAUAUGCAAGAACAUUUAAUAUGAAAAUACAUGAUGUAUCUCAAGUUUCAGCAGUACAGCUUCAUUUCUCAAUAGGUCCCUUUGGGGCAGCUGAUCUGUAGAUGCGUCCUGCACCUCUGCCUUGUCAAAGCAAACAAAAAUAGAAAGAUCAAAACGUUUAUUUUCUAUAAUAUCUGAACUGCAUGUUGUAUAAAUAAUUUAUUUGCAGUACCAUUUGAAACAACUAUUUUGCAUGUGUAGAUUUAAUGUCUUCAUAAAAGCUCUAAAUUAAUAUUUAUUAGAGUAAAAGAUGAUCUUGUCGGCAAAUAAAAUCCAGCACCUUGCCAACAACACAUUUGUGUCUAAGCGGUUCAACUUUAGUGUUUAUUAGACUGCAGCGCUUGAUUUAAAAGCUGCGUCCUGUCCUGGAAAUUAGCCGAUUCUAUUUGCAAAGUUUUGUUCUGCGUUUUUGUAUUUUCUCCAAGCGCUGCCCUAGAAUCUGGUUUAACUGUUAACACAGCUUGUAAACCUGCCUUACCUUGUGUACUCAAUAAUGGUCUGAAGGUUAAAGCUUGCGCUCUACAGCCAGAUUCAAUUCAACACACAGUGUAGAACCUUAGAUUUCACAUGCGUACGUGGUCAUAUUCAAAGGGCUGGCUGAGCACGAUAGUAUUACAACCUAGUUGGACCUUUCCUGAAGUCGAAACUAUGCAGCUGUAUAUCGCUAGAACCUUCCACUACGAGUUCACCUGAUUGUGAACCCAUCAUAUACUGUGUAGUGUGUAUAUAUACACCACAUAUAUCAUCUUAAAUGUCCUGGAUAUUAGUAUUAUUUACUGGUUUUGAUGGCAAUGAUGGACUUGUGUAUUUCAUCCACUAUUAAACGUUAAGCUGAUGUAUUUCUUUAAAUUGCAGUGUUCUACACUAGGCAGUUCCCUCCUGCAUUGUUCUUUUGAUUGUGUUUGAUUCUUGUUCAACCCGUCAAUGGUUGACCAUAGUUUUGUAAAACAUUUGUAUAUUUUGAACAAAGUAAAAAAAAUCAAAUAAAAAA